GUCAUCACUACUGUGAGACCAACAACCAUCUCAGCAACGUUGAAAGGUGCCUGCUGCUUACCUUUAUCUUUCAGGCUGCGUCCUGUACUCCUCUACUCGGACUCCUGUUGCUUUAGGCCCCGAGAACACGGCGGGGUUAGUGCUGGUGAGAUGCCCCUAGCUGGUUACCGUGUGGUUGACGCAUUCGGCUAUGAUGUGAGGGCAUUUGCGUUGAAGCUCUAGGUGCGCCCUAGCGGUCGCAUGCGGUAAGUGCAGCGGCGCGCGGGCGAUCUCCACAUUUUGUCUGUGAGCGCUGGAGAAGCUGUCCACCAGCACGGUGCUGAAGUGUUUCCGACACAGCGCUGCACGGUACAUCAAGGUAAUCAGAAAUAUAUGUGAGACGCAGCACGCAGUGGUUUCUUAGUGUCUCACCAUUUUAAAGGAUGCAUUGGUCAAUGAACACACUGCUAUUGCCUCCAUAUGUUGAGCUGGGUGUCCAUUCGCUCAGUGGCCUUCUGUGGACUUUUCUGCUACUCUUUCUGUGGCACUGUUAUCGGAUGGGCUCUGACCUGCCAAUCCCAGGCCACGCACACGCUGGAAAGCUCAAGUCAGGCUCAAGGCGGUCCAUGAUGUCCCGUGGCGGUAGCUGUGCUGGAACAAAGUGUAGUGCGCGAUCCAAGCUGUCGAGAAGUGAUCAAAUGACUCCCUUUAUUUCAAUGGAAACAGAGGAGGAUGAGGAACAGGGACAGGGCUACCUCACCCCGGUGCUGAGUCAUGCCUUGUUCCCAGCCCAAGCAUCUGCAGAAGCCAAUAAACUGUAUGCAGCACUGCAAGAGUAUGCCAAGCGCUACAGUUGGGUGGGCAUGGGCCGCAUUCAUAAGGGCCUCCGUGAGCAGGUCAGACUGAACGAUCUCUCUGUCAUACAGAAGCCUCAUCUCUUCUUCUUGCCAGAUGUCCCAAGUGUUCCUUUCUUCCCACGAGAUGCUCAUCGACAUGACAUUGAGGUCUUGGAAGCCAACUACUCUGUAAUCUUGGCUGAAUUCAAGGCUGUAUACCAGAGAGGCAUUGACUCAAAAUUAGGCUGGACCAGUCUGGGACCAAAGGGCCAGGCAGUGUUCCCUUUGUACAGUGCAGGUGUGUCUGUGGCAGGAAAUUGUCGCUCCUGUCCCUGCACCUACCGGACACUUCUCUCUCUGCGUACAUUCAUAAGCAGCAACUCGUUGGGAUCUGCUGGAUUUUGGCUGUUGGGGCCAGGAGCUACGUUGGGGAGCUCAUAUGGACCCACUAAUACACGCCUACGUUGUCACCUUGGUCUGCAGACUCCAACCCUGUGUGAGCUGGUGGUCGGAGGGGAGCCUCAGUGCUGGUCAGAAGGACACUGCCUCCUGGUUGAUGACUCAUUCCUCCACACUGUCUCCCACAAGGGGCCUCCAGAUGCUGGGCCCCGAGUCAUUUUGAGUGUGGACCUCUGGCAUCCAAAUGUGGCUGCAGCAGAGAGACAAGCUUUGGACUUCAUGUUCAGCCCUGACCUUUGAAUUUGUUCCUGUCAAUAAUACACAACAUGCAGGGAUGCCUUACCUUAGCCCUGCUUGUUGUGGGUCAUGUAUCUCAUUCCGGUUUAUGAAUCACUGUGUGAAUCUGCCCUCAAAAUUACACAAGCUAUUGGCCACAAAUUCAACUGGUGUUGGAUUUAUGGUCAAGUGCCACAAGAGUGUAUUAUUAAGGAUGAUAAUAGAAUUACAUCAGUUACAAUGCUAGAUGCUAGACAAUUUGGCUGCAAAUUUAAAACUGACAUCACUUGAAAGCACAGCAAGAUCUAAGCUAAGAAGAGCAGAUAUUGUGUAAACUGUUAUACAUCUUAUCUUGAUAUCAUAAACUGUGCUUGUGAAUACUAUUUGCAUGUGAAACCAAUCUGUCCUGAUUAAUGAACUUUGUUUUAAGCUGCUGAUGCAUGUGCACGAGCGCACGAGUUAUUUUAAACCAUAGGUAUAUAAGCUCAACCAAAAAACUGUGAAAACAUGAAAAUCAUAGACAUGUAAAUUUCUAUUUAUUUUUGAAUGCCAAACAUAUAUAAACCUUUGCAUACUGUGAGUACUCAUAUUCUUUAUAUUACCUCUAUAUACUUGUAUUUUUCUGUUUAUAGAUCUAUACAUAUUUUUACUUUGUUUAUAGAUAUAAUAGGUGGUUUGCUUUUUGUCAAUUCUGUUUUGCUUGGAAUCCAAAAAACUAAUAAAUAACAGAUAAAUCAG